AUGGAUUAUACUAAUGAGCCCCCCCAUUCUCAUCUGCUCGACGUUCAGGCGGCCACACCGUUCAACGCAGAGCCUUCAGCUGCUGCACUUGUCGAAUUCCCAUUGACUCCCGAAGAUCUUGUUUACUGCCGGAAUCAUGGCCCUGUACGCGAGUUCGAUGAUGAUACCUACCAGCUGCGAGUCGUCAUUGGCGAAAACAAAGACAUAAGCUUUACUAUGGACCAGCUCAGAACCUCCUUUCACAAGGCCGAAGUGGUCGCUGUUCUCCAGUGUGCGGGCAUUCGGAGGAAGGAAAUGGGUUUGGUUAAACCUGUUCAUGGUGUUCCUUGGAAGGACGGCGUUAUCGCCAAUUGCAAAUGGGGAGGUGUGCGCCUAUGUGACCUGCUGAGGCAUUUGGGAGUGCAAGAUGCGCGUCAUGUGUGUUUUUCCUCCUAUGCCACGCUCUGUCAAGACGACGAAUACUACGGUGCCUCCAUCCCUUGGGAAAAGGCGAUCAGUGAAGACGAAGACGUCUUGAUUGCAUAUGAGAUGAACGGCGAACCGUUGAGUGCGGAUCAUGGUGCGCCUUUGCGUGUCGUUGUACCUGGGUAUCUUGGUGCACGUUGGGUGAAAUGGGUAGACACGAUCCUACUCUCUGAAGACGAGUCUCCAAAUUUUUAUCAACAACGCGAUUACAAGAUUUUACCACCGACCGUCGAAACCAAAGAGGCGGCGAAGCCUCUGUGGUCAAAAUAUCCCUCAAUGACAGUGCUUCCACUCAAUUCUGUCGUUGCUUUUGUGCAUCAGAUUUCUCCCAAUUCAAUAUUUGUAAAGGGAUACGGCAUUCCUGGUCCAUCUGGGAAUAUAACGACUGUAGAAUUGACGACAGACGAUGGCGCGACGUGGCACCGUGCUCGUGUAACGUAUAAAGAAGGCAAAUGGAGCUGGACUCUAUGGGAAGCGGAAAUACAUGGAGUUGGGGAGAGUGGUACGGUGUACAGCCGGGUCAUUGAUGCUGCAGGAAACGCACAACCGCGAGAAGGGAUCUGGAAUCUCAGAGGGGUUGCAUUUAAUGGCUGGGGAGUUGGCAAGUGGUAA